AACCCAUCCUUCAAAUACAAAACCGCCCCGCUGCACUGGGACGAAUCUACCGUCUCCUCCCACUCGGACCGCGCUUUUGGCUGAUAAGUGUGGCUUUAUUCGGACCUACAUUCAAACCACCGAAGACUUCAAACAUCGCACGAUUUAUCAGCACUUCGACCGACCUUCUUUCUUGAGCCGCCUCUCCAAGGCGAAACGCUCGGAAACGACCUCCUCCAAUAUGAGUAACUCCUCCGCUGAGAUUCCUGUGGACGACACAUAUUCUACAUAUGAGAAUGGAGAUGUCUACCCUGAUGAUGAUGGGAGCUAUUCGUCCGGACGGACAUUGGCGACGACGACGACCAUGUACCGGCAUGAGAAUGGAAGGACAUAUCAUGCGUAUCGAGAUGGAGAGUACUGGCAACCCAACGAUGAGAAGCAGAACAACCAUGAGGCUAUCGUCCACCAUCUGUGCAUCAUGACACUGCAGGACAAGCUCUUCCUCGCACCUAUCGAAGAUCCAAAAGUCAUCCUCGAUCUCGGCACCGGCACCGGCAUCUGGGCAGCCGACAUCGCCGACAAAUUCCCCACCGCAGAAGUAAUCGGCACCGACCUCUCCCCGGUAGCACCAGGCAUGCACCCCUCCAACUGCCGCUUCGAAAUCGACGACAUGGCCUCCGAAUGGGUCGCCUUCCCCCCCUCCUCCAUCUCCUUCAUCCACAUCCGGGGCCUCUUCGGCUCCAUCGCCGACUGGCCCUCGCUCUACGCUCAAUGUUACACGCACCUCGAACCCGGUGGGUGGAUCGAGCAGGUGGAGUUUAGUAUCCACAAUCGAUCCGCGGAUGGACGGCUUGAUGGAGGGAGUACGUUGGGUAGGUGGAGUGGGAACGCGAUGAGUAUUGCCGAGGGGACGGGCAAGACGUUUGAGAUUGCGGAGAAUAUGGCGGGAUUGAUUGGGGAGGCGGGGUUCGAGGGGGUGGUGGAGAGGGUUUUUAAGUGGCCGAUUGGGCCGUGGAGUAGUGAUAAGCGGUUGAAGGAGUUGGGACGUUGGAAUCUCCUCAACUGGGAAGAGGGCAUGGAAGGGUGGUGUAUGGCUCCGUAUACACGGGUUCUUGGGUGGUCCCCAGCCGAAGUCCAAGAAUGGCUCGUCAACAUUCGCAAAGCUCUUCGUGAUCGAAAAGCACACGUCUACCACGAAGUACGAGUGGUGUACGCCCGCAAACCCUUCGAGGCCACCUGA